CCCGAUCCUUGGUGACGUGGGAGGAGCACUCAGUGGCACUCAGUGGCCACAGGCACUGCUUCUGCCGGCGCCCGACAGGAAGGAGUGAGAAGCCGGCCAGCUACACUGUGAAGAGGAAGCAACUUCUCCUCCCCUCAGCCGACUCGGGUCUCUUGAAGCACGAGGAGGUAUUAAUCAGGUUGGGCUUUUAACCAUGCUGGGCUCACCUGGAGGCUUUUUCAAGGAGGCAUUGCCAAGCAUUCUUUCUGCUACUUCUGAAGUUCUUCCAUGUGGCGAUGACUUCCGCUUCACAGGAAUUAUCUGCUAGAAGCCAUGCAUGAUUUGUAACGAUCUCUGGCAAAAUCUCAGGAAAAGAUAUACUCUUGCCUCAGGCCGAUGUGAGAGGCGGUGGCAGAGCCGGAAAGCAAAGGCCUUCUGAGGACAGAGCACCGCGGCUAGCCCGCUCCUCCGGAGGAGCGUGACACCGGCAGAAGGGGAAAAACAACCACAGCAAGCGCGCGGGCACCAGUGAGAUCAAAGCAACCACAGCAAGCGCGCGGGCACCAGUGAAAUCAAAGCAACCACAGCAAGCGCGGGCACCAGUGAAAUCGGAGGGAGGCUCUUUCCAGGACCCAGGGUUCCAGCUGCACUGGGGCUCGACUGCAGGGCCCUGAAACACUUCCCACGUGGGUGGAAAAAAAUGGCCCACUGGGUAGAUCUGGAGUCCCUGAAGGAGUUAGAGCGCGAGGUCAUUCUCCAAGUCCUCUAUCGAGACCAGGCUGUUCAGAGCAUGGAGGAGGAGCGGACGCGGAAACUGAAGACGCGCCUGCAGAGCCUGCGGUGGAGCGGGGCGGCCGGCCUGAGCGCAGAGGAGCGGGGCAGGCGCUGCGCGCGGUGCGCACGCGCGCUGGGGCUGCUGCGGGACCGCGGGGCCGCGUGCCAGGGCUGCAGCCACCGCGUGUGCGCCGCGUGCCGCGUGUUCCCACGGGCGUCACAGGCCUGGAGGUGCACCGUGUGCUUCGAGGACAGAAAUGUGAAAAUAAAAACUGGAGAGUGGUUCUUCGAGGAACGAGCCAAGAAAUUUCCAACUGAAGGUACACGGGAGACAGUCGGGGCAAAGCUCCUGCGAUCUUAUCAGAGGCUGAGUAAAAUUUCUGUGGUUCCUCCAACUCCACCACCUCUCAGUGAGAACCAGUGCUGUGGCAACCCUGGCAGGUUACAUGAACUUGGUCAGUUUAGAGGAUUUAAUAAGUCGGUGGAAAAUUUGUUUCUGUCUGUUACCACCCACAUGAAAAAACUCUCCAAGUCCCAGAACGAUGUGACUUCUGAGAAGCACCUUCUAGCCACGUGCCCCAGGCCAGAUGUGAGCCAGACGGAGAGACGGAGCCAGUCAGACACGGCCGUCAAUGUCACCUCCAGGAAGGCCAGUGCACCAGCUAUUCUGAAACCUUUCCAUCAAGAAGAUCUGAAACACUCGACCAGCCCUGUUUUGAAGCAGGAGACUCCUCCCUCGAGUCCAACACCCAACACUUUAUUUUCUGGAGGCUUGAGACACGGAAGCUUAAUUAGCAUCAACAGCACUUGCACGGAGAUGGGUAAUUUUGACAAUGUCAAUGUCACUGGAGAAAUAGAAUUUGCCGUGCGUUAUUGCUUUAAAACCCAUUCUUUAGAAAUAUGCAUCAGGACCUGCAAGAAUCUUGCUUAUGGGGAGGAAAAGAAGAGAAAAUGCAAUCCGUAUGUGAAAACCUAUCUACUGCCCGACAGAUCUUCCCGGGGAAAACGCAAGACUGGAGUCCAAAAGAAUACCACAGACCCAACCUUUGAGGAGACCUUGAAGUAUCACAUAGACCUUUCCCAGCUGGCCACCCGGAAGCUGCAGGUGUCCGUGUGGCACUUAGGCGCUCUGGCUCGGAGGGCAUUCCUUGGCGAAGUGAUCGUUCCUUUGGCCACGUGGGACUUUGAGGACAGCGCGACGCGGGCCUUCUGCUGGUAUUCCCUCUGGGCCAAGGGUGAGAAAUGCGAAGACAAUGUUCCUCAGAAUAAUGGAGAACUUGCUGUCCGGGCUAAAUUGGUCCUUCCUGCGGGGCCUAGAAAGCCCCAAGAGGCUCAGGAAGGGACAGAUCAGCUGACCCUUGAUGGUCAACUCUGCUUGGUGGUUCUGGGAGCCAAGAAUUUACCUGUGCGCUCAGAUGGGAGCUUAAACUCAUUUGUUAAGGGCUGCCUCACUCUGCCGGACCAACAGAAACUGCGGCUGAGGUCACCAGUGCUCAAGAAGCAGGCCUGCCCGCAGUGGAAGCACUCCUUUGUGUUCAGUGGCGUAACCCCGGCUCAGCUGAGGCAGUCCAGCUUGGAGCUGACUGUCUGGGACCAGGCCCUGUUUGGGAUGAGCGACCGCCUGCUGGGCAGAGCCAGACUGGGCUCAGAGGCAGGUGCAGCUGACGAUGCGGGCACGUGUUCUCAGACAAAGCUUCGGUGGCAGAAAGUGCUUUCCAGCCCCAAUUUAUGGACAGACAUGACCCUCACCCUGCACUGAGGCGAAGCUCCAGGCUGCCGUGCUGGGGUGCGCGCUGGUGGCACUGAGGGGCCAUUGCUGGACAAGACCCCAGGAGCCUAGAACGCCGUCCACACCACAUCUGUAUACGCAAGGACCAGAGCAUCACACAGAUGAGACUUGGGUGGGUUACGGGGAAACGGUCAGAUUUCAAUAAAUGUUCAGACUUGGGGGCCCUGCAGAGAACCCUUGGUAAGUCCUUGGCACCCCACCCCCACACAAGCAGACACCCUGGGCUGCGGUGCCUAGGAGAGCUUUUAUUGUGUACACCUGCAGGCUGGCGUUCGCCCGCAGACUGGGAAGGCCGCACAGGGUAGCAGGGGGAAGGAGCUGGGCUCGGGAGAGCAGCUGUUUGAUAGUCCUUCAGGAGUGUGGACGAAUGGAAGCAGGUCAGAGUCCCUUCAUGGCUGGAGUCGGAAUCAUCUAGCAACAGCAUUUUUCGAACAAGCAGCUUAGGUAUUGGACGCGUGUGGUUAUAUGUACAAAGAACAGUAAAAGAAACAAUUUGUACAGCUGUGAUUCCAGCAGGCUGUGGCUUUCCGCUCUUACUCCAGAGCCGGUGCCAUGGUCACAUGUGUUUUUGUGUUUUUAUUUUUAAUAUGUAAUUUUUAUUCUGUAAAAGGUAACAAAAUAUACAGAACAAAACUUUCCCUUUUAAAAA